GAUGAAUUUGAUCCUCAAGUAGCCACAAGCCGAGCUCUUCUUCAAGCAAGAACAACGUGCAAAGAAGACUUUGCGAAUCAAAACUACACAAUCAUAACAAGCAGAUGCAAAGGGCCAGAUUAUCCGGCGAAGGUGUGCUGCUCCGCCAUCAAGGAGUUUGCUUGCCCUUUCGCAGAAGCUAUCGACGACGAGAAGAACGAUUGUGCCUCCACAAUGUUCAGCUACAUCACCCGCUACGGACGUUAUCCUCCUGGAAUCUUUGCCAACAUGUGCAAAGAGGGCUUACAAGGUCUCGCCUGCACUAAUGUCACCGACUCCGCAUCCUCAACUUCUUCUGAUUCUAUCCCCCGGGCCUCCACCACAACUGCUGCAUCUCUCGCUCUUCUCUCCAUGUUCCUGCUUCUCUGUCUUUUGUUCAUAUAG